AUGGCCAUCACAACUCUCGUCGCUUGGGCGGUGGGCUCCACAAGUAGCUUCUCGUGCAUGCGUCUCUGUGGUCUUGUCGGAACGUUGAUAGUUCUAUACCUCGUCAUCAACGAAAUUAUACGAGCGAAAUCCCGCAUCAAGGGCCUGUCCGGCCCGCGAGGCCUUCCCCUUAUUGGCGUGCUCUGGGACAUUAGGACAAACGCGGCAGAGCAGUAUCGCAGCUGGGCGAAACUAUAUGGAGACGUCUAUCAGGUGCAGCUGGGAAAUGUGACUGUCGUCGUCGUCAACUCGGCCGAGGCGGCACGGACACUGUUCGGCCACAACUCGCAGGCGCUCUCCUCCAGGCCAGAGUUCUAUACCUUUCACAAGGUCCUUUCCGACACGGCUGGCACGACAAUCGGGACGUCACCAUACUCGGACUCGCUCAAACGCCGGCGAAAGGCGGCAGCGUCGGCGUUGAACCGACCAUCGGUAGCCAGCUAUGUUGGAAUUUUGGACCUGGAAACGCGUGAUUUUGUCCUGGAAAUGAUUGCUUACGGCAAGCAUGGUACCGAAGCCAUUGACCCGAUGCCCAUGAUCCAGAGGCUAUCGCUUUCGCUUUCAGUGACAUUGAAUUGGGGCAGCAGGAUUGCAUCGCAGCACGAUGGACUCUUUGCGGAAAUCACCCACGUCGAGGAGGAGAUCUCCAAGUUCCGCUCGACCACCGGAAACUUGCAAGACUACGUCCCACUUCUGCGACUGAACCCAUUCAACGGCCACUCGGCACGCGCACGUGAAAUGCGCAACAGGCGGGAUGUGUAUCUGAAGCAUUUGGACGAUGAACUACAUGGGAGAAUGGCGGCGGGGAAGCAGCGACCGUGCAUCCAAGCCAACGUAAUCCUCGACGAUAAUGACAUCAAGACAGAGAGCGCUCAGCGGUUAUCGAGGGCCGAGAUGACCAGCAUCAGUCUGACCAUGCUGAGCGGCGGUCUGGACACCAUCACAACCAAUGUCGCGUGGUUCAUUGCCCUUCUGGUGCAGAGACCAGACAUACAGGAAAAGGCCCACCUCGAGAUCCGCAAACACCUGAUUGACCAAGUGCAACCCGACAGGUCUGACCCCCUGGGGCUGUGCGAUGCCGAGGAUGACCAGGGCUGUCGGUACAUCGCCGCGCUGGUGCGGGAGAGCCUGCGAUACUACACGGUGCUGCGCCUGGCGCUGCCACGUGUCUCUGUACGCGAAGUCGUCCACGAAGGCGUGGUCCUUCCGCGUGGGACGGUGUUUUUCCUCAAUGCAUGGGCAUGCAACAUGGACGCCAAGAUCUGGUCGGACCCGGAAGUAUUUCGCCCAGAGCGUUGGCUCGAGCAGCCGGACGCGCCGCUGUUUACGUACGGCGUAGGGUACCGAAUGUGCGCUGGUUCUUUGCUGGCGAACAGGGAGCUUUAUUUGCUUUACAUGCGUCUCAUUGCUCACUUUAAAAUCGAGUCGGCGCCCCAAAAAGACGGGUGUAAUGGCAUUGACACCGUGGAUUGCCACCCAGUGUCCGGCAACUGUGAUCCGACGAGCCUGGUAGCGAUCCCGCGGCCAUACAAGGUAUUAUUUGUGCCGCGAGACCUCGAGUCUAUUGGAAUGAGUGAUGCCUAG